ACGGCUGUGAAAACAAAAACAGAGCUAAUCGUGUGUGGAUACAAAUUUAUGCGAGACCAAAGCGCGCGAUUUUAGCCACGCCAACGAAGAUAUUGCUAAGAAAACAUCCAGAAGCUACUUGUUGACGAGAAAGCAACAACACACGCAGCAUUGUACAUACACAUGCGAACACGCGGCGGAGGCAGAAACGCACGCACAAGAACUCCACGUCACCAGCAUUAGUGUUAGGCCAGCAGGAGGACAGAUAGGCUGAUAAAACAAUUGCCAUACAGGUGUGCGUGCACAGGUGAAUACCGCGCAACAGAAUAAAAUGCGUCAAUUGAAGGGAAAGGUGAAGGAGACUCGCAAGCAGAAGAAGGAGCGCAAGGAGGACAAUUUGAAUAUACAGAGCAAAAUGAAGACAGUCGUGCUGCCUGCUCUGGGCACUUUGGCCAUGUUGGUGGUGUUGUUUGUUUACUUGAAAACGCGUCCGGCCGUAAUGGCCUAAAUGUGUGGAACUUACGCCCCUAAAUACAAGAAUCUUCUGCUUUUGAAAUAAAAGCGAUACACUUAAAUGCGUGCAAUAGUUUUAAAUGUUAAUUUUUAGUAAGUAUAUGUGAGUGUAGUAACGAAUGUUAAUGACAAAUUAAAGUUACAUGAUCAGUUGUCUUGGGCAACUCUGAAUUUUAAUAAUAACCAUAAACUAUUUUUUACAUAA